AUGGCGCGGUUCUUGGUUUUCGCCGUCGCGAUUCUCCUCGCCAGUGCGCUCGUCGUAGCCCACCGCGAAGACAGCAGCCAAAGGGGUGGUGGUGAUAAUGGAAAGGGAGGCGGUCGUUGGUGGCGGCCGUCGCCGUUGGCGCGCUACGAGACCAACAUGCGGCCGUGCAUCGGCUGGGCCCCCAUUCGCGGAGCCGCGAUGAUUGAUGUCCUUUCCACACAAACCACGGGAACGAACGAAAUUCGUUACGGCCUCAUGGUUCAGGGUGUCGCAGUACCUCCCGCGAAGAUGACCAUCUAUUCGACAGACCCCUGCGACCCGCUGGUUACCAGCCCGAAGAUUCUCGUCGAGCUUUCGGGAAAGUGCACUAUAGCUGGAAAAUUCCAACGUGACUACUAG